UUUUUUUUUUGUAAGUUUUUUUUUAGUGUUGGCUAUCCUGUGUGGUAAACAGCAACAAAAUUGGAAGUGUGAAACAAAAAUUUGGAAAAUUAAUAAAAUAACUGUUAAAUUGUAUGAAAAAGCCUGUGUUUAAUCAAAAAACAUGAUUGAAAGUAUCCUAACCUCACUUUUUUUUCGAUGCUAAAGAAGAAAAAGAAGAGUUAAUUAUUAAAUAAACAUUUUUUAAAAAAUUUAAAAAAAAUUUUUAAAUUAUGUCGACAACUGUAACGAAUUCCGUAAGUAAUAAUCAAUUACAAAAUUCAAAAAUAAUCAUUGAACCAAUAAGAUUGACAUAUUUGAAUCCUUCAUUUACAUCUUCCGAUGUAAUUGCCCUCGCAAAUCGAAAGGAUAUCUGGCAUAAAUUCAUUAUUUUUCAUUCAGGAAUAUCUUCGAAAUCUGAUAUUCUUGAUUCAAUAAUAUCGGCCGGUUCAUUGGAAGUUCUUAUUCCAGUUUAUUAUAAUGAAGAAACAAAAACAAAAAUUUCAUUUCUAACAAAAUGCGGUGUACAAUUGAUUGACAGUCUUGUAAAAUAUAAUUUACAAAUACCUGUUUUAACAACAGGUGAAUAUUUACGAAUAGACAUUAUUCUUGGAUAUCAAUCAGUGAAUGAAUUAAUUUUAAAUCCACAAAAUAUUAUUUGUCGUGUCGGUCAACAAAGAUAUGAUGCUAAUCGAAAAUUAUUAAAUUUUGAUAAUUUUCGUAAUGACAAACAACUUGGAUCGGUUUAUUGUUCAAUUUCAACUCCAAAAUGUUUAAAUCUUGCUCUACGUUGUCUUAGAAGUGCAUUAUUAAGUAAUUCACGUGAAAUGAAACUUCCCGUUCGUGAAUUAUCAAUGAGAUCAAAUGAAUUUAUGAUUUUUUUACCACAAGAGAAAUUCUUUAAUUUUCAUUUGACAAAAAUUGAUUUUCGUAAUAAUAAAUUAACGGAUUUUCGUCAAUUGGCUUAUUUUUCGGAAUUUAAUAUUCUUGAAUUGUGGAUGGAUGGAAAUCCAGUUUGUACAAAAUAUAGUCGACCUGAUGAUUAUGUAAAAGCAGCAAAAACAGUAUUUCCACAUCUUCAAGUACUUGACGGUGUGAUGAUUGGUGUGGAGAAAAAAUUUGUACCAACGAUACAAAAACAUUUUUUGGGUGAUGGGACAAAACUUCUUCUAGUUAAACAAUUUGUAAAACAUUAUUUUAGUUUAUAUGAUCAAAAUGAUCGAUCAGUAUUAAAUGGACUUUAUGAUACGGGCGCAAUGCUAUCAAUGACAUUGGGAUCAAUAACAAAUUUUAAUCAUAUGCAAAUGAUUAAGUCAUUUGCAGUGAAUCGAAAUUUAUUAAAAUUUGUCGAUUAUGCGAAAUGUCAUGAAUUUUUAUUACACGGUCCAGAGGAUAUUAUUUGUACUCUUAUACGACAACCAAAGACAAGUCAUAAUGUUAAAACAUUUCAUAUUGAUUUAAUUUAUCAAUCGAAUAAUUGUUUUUCAAUUGCUAUUCAGGGACAUUUUUUAUUUCGUGAUUGUCCAUAUCCGCCAUUAGCGUUUACACGAACAUUUAUUAUUAUUUCCAAAGAGGAUAAUGAAUUUUGUAUUUGUAAUGAUCAAUAUCAUAUUGAAAGUGUUUUACCCGAUUCAAAAGUACUUCAAAAUAAUGAAUAUCGUGAAAUUAAAUUACCACCACGUUAUGAAACGGUACCAUUGAGUAGUACAGAAAAAGAGCAACUUUUACGUUUUUUACAUGAAUUAACGGGAAUGAAUCGUGAAUAUUGUGUAAAAAAUUUAGAAAAAAAUAAUUGGAAUAUUAGAGUAACUAUUAAAAAUUUCAUGCAAGCUUAUACAUUAAAUGAAGUACCUUUUGAAGCAUUUCGAUAGUUUUAAUAAAUAACGAAAGCAUUUGAAAUACUUUUGUAAAAUACAAUUUUUUUUUAAUAAAUUAAGUUUCGAAAAACUAAAAAAACAAGAUAUCAAAUAAAUAUUAAUAACUAUUACAAUUGUACAAGAAAAAAUCAAAAAACUUCUUUAUUAAUGUAAAAAAAAUAAUUCAACUUUUUAAAUAUUUUUUAUUAAAUUUUGGUUUUUUUUAAUGUCCAAUAGUGAUGGUUAAAUUAUUUUAAUUUUAUAAAUUAUAAUGAGAUAAAUUUAGAUUAAAAAUAAUGUAAAUUGUAAAUUGCGAAGAAAGAACAAAAGUAUGUAUUAUUUUUAUUUUAAGAAUGUAAUUGAAAGCAUUUUUACAUAUAUUUGUAUGAAUCGCACAAAUGUAUUAAAUUUUGUAUUUUCA